UUCGCAUCCAUUUCGCGUCGCGAAUUUUUCGUCUGUCCGUCUAAUCUCGAGCUUCAGCGACCAUGUCUGUCGUCGGCUUCGACGUCGGUAAUCUGAACUGUUACAUCGGGAUUGCUCGACAAGGGGGAAUAGAAGUUAUCACCAAUGACUACUCACUGCAUGCAACACCAUCAUGCGUAUCAUUUGGUGCAAAAAACCGUUCUAUGGGUGUGGCGGCUCGUCAGUCCGUGAACACAAACAUCAAGAAUACAAUCAUUCAUUUCAAACACAUGAUUGGAAGGAAAUUCAGUGACCCUAUUGCACAGAAGUUCAUUCCGUUUGUGCCAUGCCAAACCGUGCAAUUGCCAAAUGAUGAGAUUGGCUUCAAGGUUAACUAUCAGGGUAAAGAAGCAACAUUUACUCCUGAACAAGUGCUUGCAGCUCUUUUAACUAAGUUGAGGGACAUCAUUGAAAGUCAGUUGAAAGAUGUGAAGAAAGUCACAGACUGUGUGAUUACGGUGCCUUCUUAUUUCACUGAUGUGCAGCGACGUGCUGUUCAUGCUGCCACGCAGUAUGCUGGUUUGAAUGCGCUUCGUGUCAUGAACGAGAGCACGGCCAUAGCACUAACAUACGGGAUCUACAAGCAAGACUUACCAGAGGAAUCAGCUAAACCGCGCUAUGUAGUUUUCUUGGAUGUAGGCCAUGCUUCCACGCAAGCGAGUAUCGUUGCCUUUCACAAGGGAAAGCUGCAGAUGCUCGGUACUACGUAUGACCUUGGUGUUGGUGGAAUUUGGCUAGAUGAUCUUAUUCGAGAGCAUUUUGCUCAAGUUUUCAAAAAGACAUACGGAAUUGAUGCCAAAAGCUCUCCUCGAGCAUGGCUCCGUCUUCUUGAUGAAUGUGAGAAAGUUAAGAAGCAGAUGUCUGCGAAUCAAACUCCCAUUCCGAUUAACAUCGAGUGUUUCCUUGAUGACAAGGAUGUCACUGGCAAAAUGCAGAGGUCUGAAUUUGAAGAGCUGGGAGCUCCAUUGUUUGAGAAAAUCAGGCAGCUUCUAUUGCGAUUGCUUGAAGAGACGAAAGUCAAGAAAGAAGACAUUGAUUCUGUUGAAAUGGUCGGUGGCUCUUCGCGUAUACCAAUCAUUCGUCGUAUCAUCCAAGACGUUUUCGGGAAAGAACCAAAAACCACUAUGAAUCAAGAUGAAGCUGUUGCGCGAGGAGCAGCUAUGCAAUGUGCUAUUCUCUCUCCUGCAUUCCGCGUCCGCGAGUUUUCUAUCAAGGACACUCAACCAUAUCGUAUUAAAAUCACCUGGUCGGGUGGCGCCUCUGAGGGAGGUGAAUCUGAUGUAUUUGUGGAGCACGAUGAAUUCCCAUUCUCAAAAAUGGUCUCUCUUUAUCGAUCUGACACAUUCCAAGUUGAUGCUCGUUAUGCGCUUCCGAAUACUGUUCCUCACACAACUUCUGUUGUUGGUUCAUGGCGUGUCCUUGGAGUCACACCAAACGCUGAGGGCCAACCUCGCAAAGUCAAGAUUAAGGUGCGACUGAAUCCAAAUGGUGUAUUUGCAGUCUGCUCAGCAACCAUGUACGAUACCCAGAUAGUCGAGGAAGCCCCGGGUCAAGAAGAACAACCAAUGGAACAGGAUAGCACCUCUCAGCCACCAGCUGAGCAACCUGCUGCAGCCCCCGGAGCCGGAGCAGCACCACCUCAAGGUGCGGCUCCAGCUCAGGGUGCUCCCGCAGCUAACGCACCUGCGCAACCAUCUGCACCGCCAAAACCUAAAACUAAGACCAUUUCCACUGAGCUUAAGAUUGAGGAACGACUACCAGUUGUUUACGACAUCGACAAGUACACACGCGCUGAGAUGAAAAUGCAAGAAGCUGAUCUCCUUGAAAAGCAAAAGGCUGAUGCUAAGAACAGUGUGGAGGAGUAUGUGUAUGAUAUGCGAGACAAACUAUCAGAUUCAUUGGCGGAAUUUGUCACCGAGAAGGAUGCAGAGGCACUUCGUUCACAACUGACUGCAGUCGAGGAUUGGUUAUAUGAUGAAGGCGAAGACGCUGAGAAGCCGGUUUAUGAGCAGCGACUUGCCGAGCUCCGAAAACUUGGUGAUCCUAUAAUUGAACGCUAUAGAGAGUUUGAAGCAAGGAAGCCAGCAUUCGAAGCUUUUGAUAGGUCAAUCAUUCGUGUGCGUAAAGCGUACGAAGACUAUGUGGCUGGUGGUGAGGCACACGCUCACAUUGACAGUGCUGAUAUGGAGAAGGUGAUCAACGCAAUCGAAGAGAAGAAGCGAUGGUUCGAUGAUGUUCGCCAUAGGCAGGAAAGAAGGGCUAAAACUGAGCCGCCAAUCGUGUUUGCAAACGAGAUCGCCCAGAAACAACAAGCUUUUGAAGCCAUUGUAAUGCCAAUUCUCAACAAGAAGAAACCGGCUCCACCACCACAGAAGAAGGAAACAAAGAACGAAGCACCACCUCCACCGAAUGGAACCCCGGCCGGAGAUAAUGCUGCACCACCGCAGCAAGCUGCAGACAACAUGGAAGUUGACUAAUUCUGAAGGUUGUUCAUACUAUUGUGUUUGUGCAUCAAGUGUUUCAUUGCUUAUUUACGUGCACCGUUUAUAAUCAUCGGUAAUUGUAGACGAGUGUGUAUCACUUCUCCCUGAAUUUUCAGAAUCAUACAUAUAAUUUAUAUAGAUAGCACCCGAAUAGUUGAGGUCCGGAUUUUCCCUUGUUUUCAUGUUAUAGUUUUUCCUCUAAUAAGUUGUCCCCGCUAUUCAGUGCUAUCUCCUUGUGCUCAUGGAGGUACCACCGUGUGGUUACUCCAUGCGUAGACUCUGCCGGUUGAUUGCUUCCGUCAACACUCAUCUAGUGUGACGCUGGCUCUAUAGUUGUUUUUAUAGGCUUUUUACUCGAGCACAUGUGAACUGUUCAUACUGUUGCUUUCAUGUGUGUCGAUAAAUAAGUCAGAAA